AUGUCCUCUACUCCCCUCAGUAUCAUAUAGAGAAAUCGCAAACAUAACGCCCCACCAUGCAUCGCAUACAACGAAAACCCUCUAGUGAAACCUUGACCAGUGUCGGCAUGGAUAGUACACUGGAUUCACGCAUGUCUAGUGCCGAAGUGCCGCAAAUGGAAUUGCUCAAGGUCAACUAUGUGCAUCAGUGCAAAGAAGCAUUUAUGACCAAAACGGGUUCAGUACCCAAUUACAAUUUUAUGGAAUUUAAGAAAUGUUCACCCCAUCCUCUAACACCCUUGUCACAUGCCCUACCCCCUGUAAAUCGCAAAAAUAUAGCCCGGGUUACGGUAAAUCGUCUAGAGGCGCCCAAUAAACCUUUACCACCACCUCCGCCUACCGUAGAGUCUUGGCAAUUUUUGCAAAACUCCAAAAGGACAACCAAUUCACCGCCUAACCACUGA